UUGUGCCGCCGCUUCCCCGCUCGCCUCUUUCUUCUCUCCUUUUACUAUUUUUUUAAAUUUUUUUUUCUUUUUUUUUGUUGUUGUUUUAAAUGUAUAACUUAAUGGGUCUGAACAGCACGGCCGUAGCUCUUCAGCCCAAUGUGUCCUGCACAUGCAACUGCAAAAGGUCUUUGUUCCAGAGCAUGGAGAUCACGGAGUUGGAGUUUGUACAGAUAAUCAUAAUCGUGGUGGUGAUGAUGGUGAUGGUGGUCGUGAUCACAUGUCUGCUGAACCACUACAAACUCUCCGCACGCUCCUUCAUCAGCCGGCACAGCCAAGGGAGGAGGAGAGAUGAGAAUCUGUCAUCAGAAGGAAGCCUGUGGCCUUCGGAAAGCACCGUGUCGGGGAGCGGGAUCGCAGAGCAGAUGUACGCGCCGCGAGGCGGCGAGCGGCUCGCCGUGCCCUCCUUCCUGCAGCGGGAGCGCUUCAGCCGCUUCCAGCCCACCUACCCCUACCUGCAGCACGAGAUCGACCUGCCGCCCACCAUCUCGCUGUCGGACGGCGAGGAGCCGCCGCCGUACCAGGGCCCGUGCACGCUGCAGCUGCGCGACCCCGAGCAGCAGAUGGAGCUCAACAGGGAGUCGGUGCGGGCGCCCCCCAACAGAACCAUCUUCGACAGCGACUUGAUGGAUAACUCGGUGUACGGGGGGCCCUGUCCGCCCAGCAGUAACUCUGGCAUCAGCGCCACCUGCUACGGGAGCAACGGGCGCAUGGAGGGGCCGCCGCCGACGUACAGCGAGGUGAUCGGCCACUACCCGGGCUCCGCGUUCUACCAGCACCAGCAGCACGGCAGCGCCGUGCCCCCCAUCCUCGAGGGCAGCCGGCUGCAGCAGCCCCAGCUCGGCGGCCUGGAGAGCACAACCGCCUGGAACAAGGAGAAGGAGAAGCAGAAAGGGCACCCCUUUUAAAAUAUAUAUAUAUAUAUAUGUAUGUAUGUAUGUGUGUGUGUGUGAGUGAGAAAACGGGGAGAGAAUAAUCACGCAAGCAAGCAAGCGAAACACUCUGCACUUCUCUUUAGGAAAGAGCAAGCGAGAGUUGAGGAAGACGAGCAAAGAAAAAAAAAAAAGAAAAACACGCCCGUCCCCAUCUCUCCGUGUAUAAAUAUUUACUUGUUAUGUCUGGUCUGAAUGCACAAGCCUACAAAGCUUGCAAAAACAUUUCUUUAUGGAGCUGUG